AUGGCUUUCAUCUACAUAUACCGGGCCUUAAAGCGUCAUGUAGCCCAGCUAGUCGACGACGCAAAUCACAUCGACACUAAAUCGCUCACCUCAGAAGACCCCCUUACCCACCCUUAUAAAGCCUCACCGAGUAAAGCCAUAGAUCCCGCUCAAAUCCUAGGAAUCACCCUAAAACACGACCCAAACGAUGAAAAGUACUACGAGGUGGGCUGGGCCACGCCAGACGACCCCAUCAACCCGCAUCAAUGGUCCUUCUCGCGACAGAUCGGCGCCACAAUGUGCGUAUGUCUGAUUGCCUUGCUUACGACCAUGGCAUCUUCCAUCGACGCAGCCAUCCUCACCGACGCUGCUGAAGAACUCGGAGUCUCCGAAGUCGCAGAAUCACUCGCCACGGGUCUGUAUCUGGUCUGA